AAUUGUUAGUGGGUAACAGUUGGAGCUUCUUCACAUGCUAGCACCCGAAUCCCCGAUCUAGAGCUUAGAAUAGGUACCUACUAAGCUCUAGCUCGGCACUCGUGAACACAACCCAAAUCAACUACGCAAUGCUCAUUCCCAAUAAAAACAUCAACCUUGGAACAACCGACCACUGUUCCUCCCUCACUUCCUCUUUUCCUUCUCCUUCCUUUACUUACUCGUAGUGUCGCGAGAAACGGCGACAUAUAACAAUGGAAUCCGUUUUUCUGUAGUCGCUAGCUUACCCAACCUCCUUACAUAUGCCUUGCUGACGGUUCGGCACGUUUCCCCCAACUGGUGGUCCCGACCGAGCCAUCCGCCGUGAGAGAAUGCAGUACAUUCUGCGAGUACCCGUGGCUGUGUUUUCCUUACUGCUGGAGGUCUUUCUUUUCUGGCACAGAAAACUCUGGGGACGAUGGACUUCGAAAAGUGCGGCAGACGAGUGGCUCGACGCGUUGCGCAAUGCCGAGGUAUACGAAGAGUGGGAACAUGCGGCGUUACAGUUGGAUAACCUCAAAGAACUGAACUUAUGGCGCAACAAUCCCUCAUCUCGUCAUUAUGAUUGGAUGCUCAUCAACAACCGUCUCGAUUCCAUUAUUGAGGCACGCGAGAAUAAUGAUAUGCAAUCUUUACUCGACCUUGUGCGAUCCGGUCUAGUUCGUAAUCUCGGUAACAUUACGUCUCCGAGACUGUAUAACCGAGCGUUUGCCGGAACGAAAUAUCUCGUCGACGAGUACAUUACCCAGGUGGCUGGCGCAAUCGAAGAUAUCAAUCACCGCGUCGCCACACCGCUUCACGACAAGUACACUCAUACGUAUGCGCUCUCGACCCAGCGAAAACUCGAUUUCCUACAUGAUUCCAGGCAGGCUUUCGGUCGAAGUACACUAGUGCUGCAAGGCGGUGCGAUGUUCGGACUCUGUCAUCUCGGCGUUGUGAAGGCAUUAUUUCUACGAGGUCUACUUCCGCGGAUCAUUACGGGCACAGCCACCGGUGCGCUCAUCGCAAGUUUAGUAGCCAUACAUACCGAGGAUGAGCUACCCCACGUGUUGAGAGGAGAUGGAAUUAACCUAUCGGCUUUCACAGCGCAUGGGCAGCAGGUACACAGUGGUCACAGCGAUUGGACGCCUUUUAUUGGAUCCAGCUGGGAUACAUUACUCCGGAGGAUCUUUAGAUUCUGGCGCGAAGGGUAUUUCCUCGACGUAAAAGUUUUAGAGGAAUGCGUAAAAGCAAAUGUCGGUGACUUGACCUUCGAGGAAGCGUAUAACAGGAGCAAGCGUGUAUUGAACAUCACCGUGGCCACCGAGGAACAAGAGGGAAUUCCCGCAUUGCUGAAUUACAUCACUGCCCCCAACGUGUUGAUCUGGACCGCGGCUGUCGCAUCCAAUGCAACGACUCCGUCGCUUUAUGGGAGCAAGCGGACGACGGUACUAUGCAAGGACGUAAGUGGAAAUAUCGUGCCUUGGGCGCCAGCUAACACAUUCCCCCCACGGACGCACCCGUCGAAUAAGGAGCGCAAGUCGCCGUUGUCGCGUGUCGCCCAACUUUUCAACGUCAACCAUUUCAUCGUGAGUCAGGCGCGACCGUAUCUAAUCCCUUUUCUUGAAUCGGAUAUGCAUGGGCCUUCGUUGUUCACGGCCCGACACAAGAGGGCGCAGAUGACCGGUCACUUGUUCCGGAUGGUGGGAUUGGAGGCGCGGCACAGACUACGGCAGCUGGAUGCGCUUGGCUUGUUACCAGCUGGGAUAAGACGACUCCUUGUAGAUGAAGAGGUUCCAUCGGGGUCAAGCACGACAUUAGUGCCUGAGGUUGCGACGCGCGAUUUUGUGCGACUCUUACUCGAAACGCCCACGCGCGAAGCCCUUGACUAUUGGAUCUUGCGCGGUGAACGCAGUGUUUGGCCCGCUGUAUGCGCGCUCACUGUCCGAUGCGCCGUUGAAUACGAGAUCGAAAGCGCAUACCAGCGCGCACGUAGUUUGAAGGCAGGAGGACUCAGGCGCAAGUCGAGUACUGGAGGAGGAAUGGCGAUAACAGUACCCGUAGAUGUAUCUGGCGGGAAAAACAGUACUUCCCCAGCUACAGCUCCCACCAGCCCUAGCAGUCUAUGGCAAAAGGAAUUUCCUCAACAACCACAACAUCAAGGCGCAGGAACUACCGCAGCAACAGCAACGGUGAAUUAGGAAUUGAACGAGUUGCGAUCUGCAAAAGGAGCCGCGGAAGAGGAAGACAUUACCGAGAUUGAGGUGCGCGGUAAUAUGGGUUACCAAGGAAGGGAAAGGAGCUGUGGAUGCGAAACAAGAAGCGAGAGAAGCAGAAGCAAGUCAGCCUUGGGACAAAUGCAUGGUCAUCCGGACGAUGCUGCCCGGGUCCGACCUGCGUGGCCGC